AUGAAAGUGACAGUGAUAUUUAUCAUAGUUGCCCCUGGCCUAAGCUUGCAGCACCGACACAGUGACAGUGGCAGUAGCGAGGUAGACAACUCACGACAGUCCGAGGAAUACGACUACGAACCCCCUUACUCUUAUCGCGCUGACGACAAACACAAACAUAAAUCAAGGGACGAAGUCCAACCAAGUUCAGCCGAAAUGGAGAGCUCCAACAAGAAAUAUAUCAAGCACUCUUCAAAACAUUCCCGCCGGCGUUCCAAAAAGCACACAAGAGUUGAAAAUUGCGAGAGCAAUGAAUGCGAUCAGCCAGAAACUAACCAAGCCGAGCAGGCAGGACCGAGUCCUGGAAACUUAGUGUUUGUUCCAUACCCUUACCCUUUAGUGGUUCCACCACCAGUACCGGUAUUACCUGAACUUCCUAGCAGUAGUACCACAACCUCCACGGCUCCACCGAUAAGCUACGACGGGUCAUGGAAUGAUAUGAGAAGAACAGAAAUGGAGAAAGAAAGUUACUUGGACUUGCUACGAACUAUGAAAAAUAGGCAUGAAUUGCCUUAUGUCAGGAAUGAUGUAUCUAGGCCAGUGAGGCGAUAUUUAAUAGAUCGGCUGCUUUCGCGUGUGAGAAAUGUGAAAGAUAUCAACUCCGUAUAGCAUUAAGACAAAACUCAAAGAAUUGAGA